AUGACAAAGACCUCCGAACAAGAGGGAGAUGAGGGUACUUUGAGGUACCGAGGCAGACUAUGUGUUCCAGAUAUUGAUGAGCUUAGAGAGCGAAUUAUGUCAGAAGCUCACAAUUCCAGUAUCCAGAUGGCACCAUUUGUAGCUCUGCAUAUGCGAAGGUGUAGAUCACCCAUUGGUUUAUUUGAAGUUGGUGAAAUAGAGUUAUUGGGACCAUAUUUAGUUUAUCAAGCCAUGGAGAAAUUCAAGUUGAUCCAGGAGCGUUUGAGGAUGGCUCAAAGUCGCCAAAAGUCCUUCAUGGAUGUCUCACCUAUGAAAGGUGUGAUGAGAUUUGGCAAGAAAGAGAAACUUAGUUCCAGAUAUAUUGGGCCAUACAAAAUCUUGCGAAGGAUUGGUCAAGUGGCUUAUGAGCUUGAGUUGCCACAAGAAUUGGCUGUUGUGCACCCAGUGUUUCAUGUAUCCAUGUCGAGAAAUCCUAGAGUUAUACUUAGCUCCCCUCGACUAAAUAAGUCAAAUUCUUUUCCUUGUGCAGCUAGCCGUGGCUACUCUUCCACGACAAGUUUCAAUUUCCCAUCAUCUCCCAAAGCUUCAAAAUUCACUAGGUCAUCUUCGUUUCCUGGAACUCAGUCAUCAUUUUCUACACAGUUGAUUUUGUCAUCCAAUAAUAAGUACGAUGUGUUCUUGAAUUUUAGAGGUGAAGACACUCGUAUGACAUUCGUUGAUCAUCUUUAUGGGUCAUUGGUAUCCAAAAAAAUUCAAACUUUCAAAGAUGACGAAUGUCUAGUGAAAGGAAAACGCAUAGAAGAAGGACUUUUGAAGGCAAUUCAAUCAUCAAAAAUUGCUAUCCCUGUUUUCUCAAGAAAUUAUGCGUCAUCAAAAUGGGUUAUGAACGAACUUGUAGAGAUUAUGGAAUGUCAGGAAAGGCUAGGGCUAAUUGUUUUCCCCGUCUUCUACGAUGUGGAACCAUCUGAUGUACGACAUCUUAAGAAUGAAUUUGGCAAAGGAUUUGCUGAACUUGAGGAGCAAAACCAGGAUGAUAACUCUAGUUUGACAAAAUGGAAGAGAGCGUUGAGGGAAGCUGCCGAUAUCGCUGGCUUUCACGUUCGGAAGAUCCAUAAUGGGAGUGAAUCAGGGUGCAUCAAUGAGAUUGUUGGAGAAGUGGUUCAAAGAUUAAGAGAUGCAGAUUCUAAUGGAUUAAUGAAUGUUGAAUUCCAUGUGAAAAGAAUAACUCCAUUGCUACGGAUGGGGUCAGAUGAGGUGUUAUUUUGUGGAAUCCAUGGACGUAAUAAGAUAGAUACAAGUAUUAGAUCGGCCAUUGCGAAAGCCGUCUUUUGCAUGUAUUACGAGCAAUUUGAAGGGUUUUGCUUCCUUUCUGCAGUUGGUGAAAUAUCAAAGAAGAAAGGACUAGCAUCUAUAGUGAGAACUUUUUUGUCAGAUCUUUUGAAAUAUGAUCAAAGAUUAAAUAUUACUGAGAGAGUUGAUUACUCAGGUGAUGACGAUGGAGGAAUGAUGGCAAUGAGUGAUAGAUUACGUUACAAAAAAGUGUUAGCAGUACUUGAUGGUGUGGAUGACGUGGCCCAAUUACGAGCUUUGGUUGGAAAUUCUACCUGGUUUGGCAAUGGCAGCAGAAUUGUUAUUACAACGAGGGAUAAACAUGUCUUGCUCAACCAUGGAGUUGAUCAAAUUUAUGAGGUCUCUUCCCCGACAAUGAUGCACAAAGCAUUCAACAGCCAUUUUUGA